AGCCGAAUGCGGCGAGCUGAUUUGUAUAAAAAGUAGUAAAUAAAUUUACUAAUUCGAAUAAUGUCCGUAAUAUACACUAACGAAAACAAUCCGGCAGGAUUGAAAUUAAUAAUUGCCAAGUCCCAAUCGAAAAAGGAGGUAGCGGUGAAGAUUGUGAACGUGCAUGAACGGUCUCUCGAACAACCCAGGCAUUUACCUUAUUUGGAGAUUGAUAAUUCAUUAGUGCUGUUUUCAUCAAAUGCUGCCCUAUUUUACCUGUGUCCUUUGCCAUCCAAAGUUGAUGCACAAGCAGCAAAUGAGUGGCUCGAAUGGGAAUCUACUGUGCUUGCUCCAAGUUUGGCUUUGUUAAUUGGAAGCAAUUUAAAGAGUGAUUAUCUCAAAAGCACAUUAAAUACAGCUUUAAAGAAACUAAAUACUUUCUUGAAGAAUAAGAAGUUUAUACUUAGUGACCAAUUAACUAUUGUUGAUAUAUCAAUUUGGUGCACAUUGUAUCCUUUGUAUGUUUUUGGAAAAACAGAGGAGCAUUUUAAAGAAUACCAUGCAAAUUUGACAGAUAUUGAUGCAUGGUUCAAAAAUUUAGAGAAUGAUGCAACUUUCCAGGAAAGCUUACAAUCUUUUACACUGAAAGGUUGUCAUCCUUCAUAUAAUUCUUUGUUGAAUGGGGGGAAAUAUUUGGUAUCAGCAUCUCAAGAUGCCUCCACCCCAAAGACUGAACAGACUCCGGAAGUUACAGUUACUGAGGAGGAAUUGGAAGCUGCCAAAAACGCAUUUUUGGGAUCAGAGACUUUCCCACCAUUAAAACCCAUUGAAAAAACUGUAUUACCAGUCUCUGGUGAAAAGAACGUUUUUAUUACCUCAGCUCUACCCUAUGUAAACAAUGUGCCACAUCUUGGCAAUAUCAUUGGUUGUGUUUUAUCGUCGGACGUAUUUGCGAGAUUUUCUCGAUUAUGCAAUCAAAAUACCCUCUUCAUCAGUGGCACAGAUGAAUACGGAACCGCCACCGAGACCAAAGCACUUGAAGAAGGUCUGAGUUGCCAAGCUAUAUGCGACAAAUAUCACAAAAUCCAUAGAGAAACGUACGAAUGGUUCAAUAUUAGCUUUAACUAUUUUGGCAGAACGUCCACUCCUCAUCAAACAGAGAUUUGUCAGGAUAUGUUCUUGAAAUUAAACGAUAACGGGUUCAUGUUCACUCAGUCCGUGGAACAGUUGCACUGUGACAAUUGCAAGAAGUUUUUAGCCGAUCGAUUCGUGGAAGGCGGUUGCCCAAACGCCGGCUGUACGUACGAGGACGCCAGGGGCGAUCAGUGUGACGCCUGCGGAAAACUAGUCAACGCCAUCGAAUUAAAGAAUCCUCGUUGCAAAAUCUGUUCACAAUCGCCUAAAAUUAAGACGUCCAACCAGUUCUUCAUUGACUUGCCCAAGUUGGAGCCUUUACUUCAUCACUGGAUGAAGAAGUCGUCGUCGAAUUGGUCGAAUAAUGCGCAGGUCAUAGCUCGGACAUGGUUGCGAGAGGGCCUCAAGCCCCGUUGCAUUACCAGAGAUUUGAAGUGGGGUGUGCCCGUGCCUUUGGAGGGCUUCAGAGAUAAAGUGUUCUACGUGUGGUUCGACGCGCCCAUCGGGUACAUGUCGAUAUUGAAAGCCUACACCGACAAGUUCGAGAAAUGGUGGAUUCCCGAAAAGGAUGCGGACAUCGAUUUGUAUCAGUUCAUGGCUAAGGAUAACGUGCCUUUCCAUUCCGUACUUUUCCCGGCGUGUCUGUUGGGUGCCAACAGGGGUUACCUUACCGUCUCACACAUCAUGGCCACAGAAUAUCUGAAUUACGAGGACGGUAAAUUUUCCAAGUCAAGAGGUGUUGGCGUGUUUGGCACUGAUGUACAAAAAACCGGUAUUCCCAGUGACGUAUGGCGAUUCUACUUGCUGUACGUUCGACCUGAAUCCCAGGAUUCCAGUUUCAGUUGGGUCGAUCUGGCCACCAAAAACAAUUCCGAAUUGCUUAAUAACUUAGGAAACUUCAUAAAUAGAUCUUUGAUGUUCGCAAAGAACUGUUUCGAUUCGGUGGUUCCUGCGAUCAAUCAACUGUCUAAUGAGGAUUUGACGUUAUUAGCCUUAUGUACGAAAGAAUUCAAACAAUACGUGAAUGCUUUAGAAAAAUGUAAAUUGCGCGACGGCAUUAGGCACAUAUUAGCAAUAUCCAAAUUGGGAAAUCAAUUUAUGCAAUCUAAUCAACCUUGGGUAUUGGUUAAGGGCACAGAUGAACAAAAGUUAAGAGCUGGAACUGUUAUUGGAUUAUGUUGUAAUAUCGUGGCACUUUUGGAACUGCUCUUGAGGCCAUACAUGCCUAUAACCAGUGAUACAAUUAAGAAACAAAUUAAUGGCAAAGACUUGGCAAUAAAUCUUGCUAAUGUUUGCAUUGUGCAAUUGUUACCGUCUGGUCACAAAUUGGGCGAACCCUCGCCUCUAUUCGCGAAAAUAGAACCGGCUCGAGUGGAUGAACUGAAGAAAAUGUUUGCUGGCAAACAAGGUGAUAGAGUUCCAGUCGAAGUUCAACAACUAGAACUUGAAGUUCAGAAACAGGCUGACAAAGUAAGAGCUCUGAAAUCUAGCAAAGCUGACAAGAAAAUCUGGCAACCAGAAGUUGCCAUCUUAUUAGAUCUUAAGAAAAAACUGGAGGAAUGUCAGAAGAACAAGGCCAAAGCGACUGCAGGGGGUGAUGCUCCCGUUCAAGGAACUCCAGAAGAAGUUAAAGCUUUAGAGUCGGAAAUUGCUAAACAGGGAGAUAAAGUGAGGUCGUUGAAGGCCAGUGGUGUGGAGAAAGCUGUAUGGCAACCAGAAGUCAAUAUAUUGUUGAGCUUGAAGAAGAAACUGGAAGAGUUACAAAAAUUUAUAUCAAGUAAAUCUUCUGCACCACAAAAUGGUGUGAAUCCAGAUGAAAUCAAGAGAUUGGAAGAAGAAGUUAACAAACAGGCUUUAAAAGUAAGAAAACUGAAAGAAGGGAAAGCUGAGAAGUCAGUGUGGCAACCAGAAGUCGAUAUUCUGCUGAAACUUAAAGCUGAACUUGUAGCUGCCGGAGGCGCCCCAGCAGCGGCUCCACAAAAAGGAAAGAAAGGAAAAUGAAUAAAAUAUUUUUUCUGUGGGGGUACUGAGUCAAACAGUAUUCUAAAUGAAUUUAUUUAUUGAUUAAUUUAUAAUUUUACAUAUUUUGCAACAAUAAACAUAAAGAUUGAUAUGUUUUAA